CACUUUAAUAAUUGACAUUAUGGGCAUGCGCAUAAACAAGUGGGGGAAAACCCCAUUUAUCUGUGUACUGGAAAUUGGACAAAUAAAGACUACGUUGUAAAUGGUUAUUGAUAUCUUAAAACUCCAAGAUAUGUCAAACAGAAUGGAACCGAGAGGGGCUGAUUUAACCGAGCUAUUAUUCACUCUACGCAAUGCUGAUAAGUGUGGAAACAUAGAAGAGACGGUGCAGAUACUAUCAGCUCAAAAAAAACUGAAGCCAGUCCUCUAUUUAGCAGCCAGGGACGGAUUAUUAAACGUUGUUAUAUAUCUAAUAGACAAUGGUGCUGAUGUACAUUUGGUAGACAGAUGUGGAUACAAUAUCCUUCACCAUUUUUUGUGUUCUUUAAGAUUGAAAGAUGUUAGAGCAGUGGAUGAAGAUAAAUAUGUACAAAUUAUUCAAACUUUAAUAAACCUAGGCGUUGCUGUAAACCAAUCCAACGACGAAGGCAAUACGCCGUUGUUCUAUGUAGUUCAUAAACAAGGUUCCGUACAUAAGCCAAAAAAGGAAGAUGAGUUUGCAAUUUUAAAGAUCAAAUUAAUACAACUUUUAAUAGAAAACGGUUGUAAUGUGAAUCAUCGAAACAAAGAGGGCAAGAGUCUAUUAAUGUUUUUCCUGGAAAGACAAGCAGAUAUCAGACUUAUUAAUCUACUGACGUUACAAGGUUCGGAUGUAAAUCUAGUCGAUAAUAAUGGCGAAACGGCAUGUAGCUACUGUGUUAAACAUCACUUUUCGGACUGUUAUAAUAUUUUUAUACUCCUGGUGGAUUCGGGCGCAGAACUGUUUUCAGCUAAAAAUGGAAUUAAGUUACUUCGUCAAAUUCUCAGGUAUAAACGACGUGAUGUUUUCCUUUAUUAUCUUGGAUUCAAAAUGGUUAUCAAAGGCACCACGGACGAAGAAGAAAAUAUGCUACAUCUGUUAGCUAGAGUAAACUUUAAUUAUUCUCUAGACAAGUUUAACUAUUUGUUUAAUAACGAGCUAGACAUAAACCAUCCAUGUUCUAACACCAAUACACCUACUAUGAUAGCCGCCCUGUUAUUGAAUAGUAAAUAUUUAGCAUUGUUCACACGUCAUCCUGAACUAAAUAUCAAUGCACAGAAUAAUCAGGGUCACACAGCUCUCCAUCUUUGCAUCAUUGGAUUUUCGAUGUACAAAAAUGGCUUAAAUGAAAGACAAUUAUAUGAUGUUGUUCGGAAUUAUUGUAGACAAAUAUAUCCGAUAUACAUGGAGUGUGUUGAUAUUUUACUGGGUGCUGUUGGUAUUGAUGUAAACCUUAAGGAUAUCGGUGGUAGAACUGUUUUGAUGAUGGCAGCAAUGAAAAAUGAUAGAGUUAUGAUUAAAAAGUUGCUUAAAGCCGGUGCAAUGGUUAAUAUCAUCAAUUCUUCGGGCAAAUCUGCUCUACAAUACCUUGAUAUUUAUAAAAAUGUCUUUGAUCUGGCGUGUUUUAAAUUACUUAUAUCCAAUGGCAAUCGUGAUAUUCUCAAUUUACCCUGUGUCGAUGGUAAUACAAUUAUUCAAGCCGCCCUGUGUUUUCCAAUUUUCUGGACGCCACGGGAUGUUGUUCGUUUUAUCAGAUAUUUAGUUGCAGAGAAUGCGUCCCUUCAGACGCUAGUUACAUCAUCAGUAAAAUGUAGUUACAAGCAAAUUAGUGUGGAUGAAUUAAACAUCAAAGAGAGAGAUGAACUGAGAAAACUUUUAUAUCUCAGUGGUGCCCCGAAAGAAGAGAUUAUAUCGGUUAUGGAUUUUGAUGCGGAUGACAAGUCGGCUUAUCACGAUGAAGCUAUGUCCUCUCGGCAUAAAGAACGACUUAAUAUUUUCCAUAAUAAUUUGUCUCUUAAGUCCCGGUGUCGAAGAAUUAUCAGGCAGAAUCUUGUAUGGGGACUACAGAAAUUAGUAACGUAUCUAGAACGCCAUCCAGCACUUAAUCAGUUUCUUCGAUUGACAGACAUUCGUGUUCCUGACGAUUGUCAUCCGUAUGCUUUUGAUCGUGAUGCGAGUAAUGUAGGUGAUACCUUAUCUCUUAAGGCUCUGUGCAGGAAACACAUCAGACAUAAUCUUGUCUUUGGAAUACAAGAAAAGGUGAAAGAGCUAGACCUGCCCAGAGAGUUAAACGAUUUUCUUCUGUUAAAAGAUGUUCUUCAUCCUAAAGAUUACAAUGUCUUUAAUAUUGAUGAUGGUUGUAAUGAUGAUGAUGAUAAUGAUUAUGAUGGUUAUGAUAUAGAUAAGGAUAGAGAUGAUGAUUAUAGUCAGUAUAAUUACCAAUAUUGUGCUUUGUAUAAUGAUGAUGAACUUCUAGAAGAAUUUAAGAUAUUUAAAGUACAACUUGAAGAUGAUUAUGGCGAUUAGGACCUAUUUUACAUUAUUCUUUCGGAUUGUUAAGAUAUCAUGAUGAUAUAUGUUGAAUCCUGUGCAAAAUUGCUUUGUUUUAUUUCUCAAAGGAACUGAAGAUGUUCUCAAUGAAAUGAAACCGGAUGAUCGGACUGAUCGUAAAAACACAGUACCUUUUAAAAUUUAAACUAAUAUUGACAUACCUAAAUACUUAAAAUGCAAGUAUACAACAAAGCUUAUUUAGAUAUAAUUGUUUUAGAUAUAUCUAAUAAAACAUAUUUCCCCAAAUAAUAUAAAUCAACAAAGACCUGUCUAGCUGUGCUGCAA